GGAUUUAUAAAAAGAAUUUUGUUUAUACCAACGCGUCGAAAAAGGGAAAUUUGACGGUACGUUUUCGGUUUUUGCCCGUAAACACUGCCCACACUUGUAAACCCAUCUCUAGUCUCGACAUAGUUGACAGUUUCUCACCUCGUAAAAUACUCGUCGAAAGUAUUUUGUAUAAAAGUUCUCUUUUUUUUAAAUAUAAAUAAUUGGAAUUUGCCGUUAAAAAACAUUCGGUAAGCCGGCCUUGAUAGAAAACUCUUUGAUAGUAUUUCGUUUACGGCGAAUCAGUUGUGAUAUCCGUGAAGAGACCUAUAACUUUUUAUAUGAUCUACGUAUGCAUAUUUGAACGCUUUGAGGAACGUGAUGAGCCGAGAUUUAUUAUGAUGGUUUCUCCCGUACUCCAGGACGAGAUAUUUGUGUUAUGACUGUAGACUCGGAAUCCCAAUGUAAUUUUAUGAGCAAGGAUGCACUGGCUGUAUGGAGUUCAAAGUGGAAAUUUUUGUCAAACGUUGAGUGUUGCUAAUUCCACAAAACUACCUUACUCCUUCAGGAGUAAUGGACGGAGGAGAUGAAAACUUAGAAGAUGGUAGGGGAUCAUUUUGGAAAAAGAACUCCAAACCAAUUCCAGGAAGGUCAUACGAAGAAAAUGCAAUAAACUAUAAAAUGCCAAGUCCUAGAAAAGAAGCUGCUAAAGUCUCAACAAAUAAUCCAUCAACAUCAUCAUCAACAUCCUUCCAAGAAUUUCAACAGAGUAUAAAAGAUGUUUGGGACAUGGGAGAUGAUGAGUUUUGCCAUAUAUCAACUGUAAAACCAAUGAAGAAAAAUGUCCUAACUGGAGAUGGUGUAAUUAAUAUACAUAAGCAAAGUGCUCAAGAAAACUUACGAGUGACACAGAGCAAUGCCCACAAAGGACCAACAAACAACUUAUCCAAAAUUAAAAAACAGUCCGUUAUUUGUGGAAUUGAAUCAGCUGAAAGCCAUUCAACAGAAUCAGCUGCAGUUAAAAACAAAAUUAAAAAAUUUAAGAUUCUUCUUGAAUCCCCUGCAUUAGAUUUAAGCGAAUUGCAAAAUCUCAGUUGGCCUGGUAUUCCGUUUUCUGUUAAGGCAGAUACUUGGAGAAUUUUAUCGUAUGCCCCUACUUGUUCUGAUAUUCGACAAGAAACUUUAAACAAAUUACGUCUGGAAUAUUGGUAUUAUGUUAAAGAGUAUUAUGAGUCAGAUACUAGAGAUAAUUUACACCAGGGAACAUAUCGACAGAUACAUAUCGAUAUCCCUAGAAUGAGUCCCACUAUUCCAUUAUUUAGGCAAAAAGCUGUUCAAAAUAUGUUUGAGAGAAUAUUAUUCAUUUGGGCUGUGAGACAUCCAGAAUCUGGUUAUGUUCAAGGAAUCAAUGAUCUUGUGACACCAUUUUUUAUUGUAUUUUUACACCAAGUGGUUGAUCCCGGCACUGACUUGGAUACAUUAAUGAUAGAAGAUAUAGACCAAAUGAAACGAGACUUAGUAGAAGCAGAUUCUUAUUGGUGUUUCAGUAAAUUUUUGGUUGGUAUAAAAGACAAUUAUAUUUUCCCCCAAUUGGGAAUACAAGAGAAAAUAAGCCGCCUAAAGGAAUUAAUAAAUAGAAUUGAUGGGACGCUGCAUAGGCAUUUGCAAGAUAACGGAGUAGAGUAUAUCCAGUUUUCAUUCCGUUGGAUGAACAAUUUACUCACUAGAGAGCUACCUCUACGAUGUUUAAUUCGCCUAUGGGAUACUUAUCUUGCAGAAUUAGACACUUUUGCUUCAUUUCAAUUAUUUGUCUGCGCAGCAUUUUUACUCCAUUGGACUCAAGAUCUGUUACAAAAAAAAGAUUUUCAGGGUUUAAUGUUGAUGCUUCAGAAUCUGCCAACGCAAAAUUGGAAUGAUAGUGAUAUUAAUGUUCUUGUUGCCGAAGCUUACAAAUUGAAGUGUACAUUUGGUGGUGCGCCAAAUCAUUUCCAAACAAAUGGCAGUUGACCUCAGUAUUCUUAUAUUUUGUACAUAAGGGAGUUCCAUUCGUCUGAUGAAUUUAUUAUACCACGAUAUCAAUUGAAAAAAGAAUUAUAUCAAAUAACGAAGUAAUAGAAUAAAAAGAAAAGUAUUUCCUUCUGAAAGAUUACUAUUACAAGUUUUAAAUUAGUUUAUUGUACAAGAUACUGAUUAUUAUAAGUACCUUUUAAAUAGUAAUUUGUAUUUUAAUUAUAAAAAUAAAUUUUUAUAUUAAUUAUAUAUAUACAUAUAUAUUUCUUGGAGGUGCCAGUACCAGUUUGGUCCUAUUUAUAAUUUAUUAAAAAUACCAAAUAUAUUGUUAUUUUAUUGGCUUUUAAAAUCUGAUUGACAGUUACAAUUUUUUUUUUUGUAUGAUACAGAAUGCAAUUAUCACAAUUAUUGUUAAUGGAUAUCAUGAGUUACCAAAUAAUGAGAUAUGUUCAACAAUAAAUUAAAAAUUCUGAAAUUGAA